GGACUCGUCAGCUCUGCUGGAAAGAGAUUGAUUCAAAGCCUAGCUUACUUUUGUUAUUAUUAUUAUUAUUAUUAUUAUUAUUAUUAUUAUUAUUUUCCUCUUUCCUUUGAUGAACAAUCUAUUGCACGCGAAAACCCAUCAGCUCCUUUGCUUUAAGAAAUAAGCCUGGAAAGUAAACCUCUGCGGCCAUUGAUUGGGUUAACCAAUAGAAAACCCAUCAUCAUAGUACCAGCCGCAAGCAAGCUCUUCUCUCUCACUCUCUCUGUCUACGUCCCCAUCUCUACGUCUCUAAAGUUUGAGAAAUAGGAUUUUUUGGGUUUGCCAUUAAUGAAGGCGCUCAUCCUUGUUGGAGGGUUCGGGACCCGGUUGCGGCCGUUGACCCUCAGUGUGCCAAAGCCACUGGUGGAUUUUGCCAACAAACCCAUGAUCUUGCAUCAGAUUGAGGCUUUCAAAGCUAUUGGAGUGACUGAAGUGGUUCUGGCCAUCAAUUACCAACCGGAGGUUAUGCUGAACUUCUUAAAAGAGUUUGAGAAAAAGCUUGAAAUCAAGAUCACCUGCUCACAAGAGACCGAACCACUUGGUACCGCAGGCCCCUUGGCUCUAGCAAGAGAUAAGUUGAUAGAUGACUCUGGUGAGCCCUUCUUUGUCCUCAAUAGUGAUGUAAUUAGUGAGUACCCACUAAAAGAAAUGAUUGAGUUCCAUAAGAGUCACGUAGGGGAAGCUUCCAUUAUGGUAACAAAGGUAGAUGAACCAUCGAAAUACGGUGUCGUAGUUAUGGAUGAAACUACAGGGAAAGUUGAAAAGUUUGUAGAGAAGCCAAAGAUAUUUGUGGGUAACAAGAUUAAUGCUGGAAUCUAUUUGUUAAACCCAUCCGUACUUGAUCGGAUUGAACUGAAGCCGACCUCAAUCGAGAAAGAGGUAUUCCCCAAGAUUGCGGCGGAGAACAAGCUGUAUGCUAUGGUUCUACCUGGGUUUUGGAUGGACAUUGGACAGCCAAAGGACUAUAUUACAGGUCUGAGACUCUACCUAGACUCCUUGCGGAAAAAGUCCUCAUCUAAAUUAGCGUCAGGCUCCCACAUUAUAGGGAAUGUACUGGUUGAUGAAAGCGCUGUGAUUGGAGAUGGAUGUCUAAUUGGCCCGGAUGUAGCCAUCGGUCCUGGAUGUGAGAUUGAGCAAGGUGUCAGGCUCUCACACUGCACUGUGAUGCGUGGGGUUCGAAUCAAGAAGCACGCUUGCAUCUCUCGCGGUAUCAUCGGUUGGCAUUCGACUGUUGGCAGGUGGGCUCGGAUAGAGAACAUGACAAUCUUAGGAGAAGAUGUUCAUAUAGGCGAUGAAGUUUAUAGCAAUGGGGGUGUUGUCCUCCCCCACAAGGAGAUCAAAUCAAGCAUUUUGAAGCCCGAGAUUGUCAUGUGAUGAUCAUGCUGAAAUUUGGUACAUGAAUCUAAAUGUUGAUAUACCAACGAUCUUUUCUCUUCAAGUGUAUGAACAUGAUCCAGUUUAACUAGAACAAUUCAUGUAGCAAUUUGUCAACAGGUUUUGUUGUCUGACGGCAAUAAUGUUUGUGGGGGAAUUAAUCUGAUAAGUUAUUGACAUGGCUGUCUUUUUAUUCCAUUUA